GACACGGGCAGCACCGCCCCGCCGCACUACAGCUCCCGGGGAGCCCUGCGCCGAGCGACAGCGGAACGACAGCUCCCGGGGAAAUAAACUGGACACACGACAGCCCCCGACAUCGGAGCGACAGCCCCCGAGAGCCCCCGACAUCGGAGCGACAGCCCCCGAGAGCCCCCACAGCCCCCGGCAGCAGCGCCUGAGGGGACGGGCCGGGCCCCACGCCCGCUGCCGCCGCCACCAUGCAGGGGUAAACUGGCUUUUUGUCACAGCCCAGACACUCACAGGAGCUGCUGCUGGAGAGGGAAAUUGUCCUGCUGGAGGUGAUGGGAAGAGUUCAACCCAGUCAGCGUGACUGUGACUGUCCGUGCCAGUUCCUCUUCCCGUUUCACAGCUGGGGAAAAAACUUGCACCAUUUGGUGAAUCCCCAGAUGAGCAUCCCAGGGUGGGACCUGCUGACAGGGUGGGCACCUGAGGGGCUUCAGCACUGCCCUUCCCUGGCCUCUUUUCCAGAUGACUUUCUACUUCUCGGACACAGCAGUGCUGCUCUUUGACUUCUGGAAUGUCCACAGCCCCACAGGGAUGGUGCUCUCGGUGCUGGUGAUCCUGCUGCUGUCCGUGCUCUACGAGGCCGUGAAGAUGGGCAAGGCCGUGCUGCUGCGGCGGGCGCUGCUGGCCCUGCCCCACAGCCUCAGCCAGGAGGCCCUGACCGAGCCCCAGCAGGGGGACAGUGGCCCUGCGCAGGGCAGGUGGUUUUGGUUCCACGUGGGCCAGACGCUGUUCCACGUGGUGCAGGUGGUGCUGGGCUAUAUGGUGAUGUUGGCAGUCAUGUCCUACAACGCCUGGAUCUUCCUGGGGGCCAUCGUGGGCUCCACGCUGGGCUAUUUCAUGGUGUACCCCCUGCUCGGCCGGGGCUAGAGCCCCCCACCGUGUCCCACCUCCUGCCCCUUUGUCUGGGAAAGCUGCUGUCACUUCUGCUGGGUCUGUCUCUGUCCCCGUGCUCUGGGGGAUGCAGAAACCCAAGGACUUGUUGGGGGCCCUGCUCUGGGAACGGGGAGCCCCAUGUGCAGCUCCUCAGCCGGUGGCUGUCCCCUGGCUCUCAGGGACCUUUGUCCAGGUGAUGACAGCGGGGGGGUGCUGGCAUUUCCUCCCCUCCCUGCUUUUUGAGGAGGCUGAUCCUGGCUGGAAUGGGAACCAUCCGGUGACUUGCUGGGGGAAGGGAGCAAGCUGGGCUCAGGGACCCCUGCCCAGAGCUGCCCUGCACCAAGCCCCUCUUCACACAGUGCCUUUGGGGACGCUGGGGGGGUGCUGCCACCCCUACCCCGCUCCUGUGCUUCAGGGAUGGGGCUGGAGCAGCCCCUGAGCCGCUGGUGUGGCUGUGCCAGGGGGGAAAUGCUGCUCCAGGUGCCUCUUGCUGCUUCUUCAGGACCCCCCUUCUAAUAAAAUCAUCUCAGCUCCUCUCCUGGUUUGUGUCGCUGCUGGCUGGGCUCAGGAUGUGCCACCCCUGGCUCACAGAGGGACUGGGAUCCCCAGUCCUACCCAGGGAGGCAGU